AUGCACCGCACACAGAGUGAGUAUGAAGACAUGUUCACGCUCAAAGUCUUCAUCUUCCAGUUUGUGAACUUCUACUCGUCCCCGGUUUACAUCGCCUUCUUCAAGGGCAGGUUUGUGGGAUAUCCAGGAGACUACGGAAAACUCCUCGGCGUCCGCAACGAAGACUGUGGUUCUGGAGGGUGUCUGAUAGAACUGGCUCAGGAGCUCCUGGUCAUCAUGGUGGGAAAACAAAUCAUCAACAACAUCCAGGAGAUCGUCACACCGAAGCUGAAGACCUGGUGGCGGAAUAAGAGUUUGAGAAAGAGCCAGAUGGAGGAGAAGAAAGAGGAGGCGUCGCCAUGGGAACGGGACUAUCAGCUGCUGGUCUCUGAGGGGCUGUUCGACGAGUACCUGGAGAUGGUGCUACAGUUUGGCUUCAUCACCGUCUUCGUGGCGGCCUGUCCUCUGGCGCCGCUCUUCGCUCUGGUGAAUAACUGGGUGGAGAUCCGUCUGGACGCUCAUAAGUUUGUGUGCGAGUACAGGCGCCCGGUGUCCGAGCGGGCGUCGGACAUCGGGAUCUGGCUCCACAUCAUGCAGCUCAUCAGCUUCACUGCGGUGCUCGCCAACGUGAGGCUCACAUCUGUACUACUGUGGGCGUGGCUCUGUGUGGGCGUGGCUCUGUGGGCGUGGCUGUGUGGGUGUGUGGGCGUGACUCUGUGUGGGUGUGGCUAUGUGGGCGUGGCUCUGUGGGUGUGGCUCUGUGGGCGUGGCUCUGUGGGCGUGGCUGUGGGUGUGUGGGCGUGGCUAUGUGGGUGUGGCUCUGUGGGCGUGGCUCUGUGGGCGUGGCUGUGGGUGUGUGGGCGUGGCUCUGUGGGUGUGGCUCUGUGGGCGUGGCUCUGUGGGCGUGGCUGUGGGUGUGUGGGCGUGGCUAUGUGUGUGUGGCUAUGUGGGUGUGGCUCUGUGUGUGUGGCUCUGUGUGGGUGUGGCUAUGUGGGCGUGGCUAUGUGUGGGUGUGGCUAUGUGGGCGUGGCUCUGUGUGUGUGGCUCUUUGUGGGUGUGGCUAUGUGGGCGUGGCUCUGUGUGUGUGGCGAUGUGUGGGUGUGGCUAUGUGGGCGUGGCUCUGUGUGUGUGUGGCUCUGUGUGGGUGUGUGGGCGUGGCUCUGUGUGGGCGUGACUCUGUGUGGGUGUGGCUCUGUGUGUGUGUGGCUCUGUGUGGGUGUGGGUGUGUGGGUGUGGCUCUGUGUGGGCGUGACUCUGUGUGGGUGGCUCUGUGUGUGUGGCUCUGUGUGGGUGUGGCUCUGUGUGGGCGUGACUCUGUGUGGGUGGCUCUGUGUGUGUGGCUCUGUGUGGGUGUGGCUCUGUGUGGGCGUGACUCUGUGUGGGUGGCUCUGUGUGUGUGGCUCUGUGUGGGUGUGGCUCUGUGUGGGCGUGGUUCUGUGUGUGUGGCUCUGUGUGGGUGUGGCUCUGUGUGGGUGUGUCUCUGUGUGUGUGGAUCUGUGUGGGUGUGGCUAUGUGGGUGUGGUUCUGUGUGUGUGGCUCUGUGUGGGUGUGGCUCUGUGUGGGUGGCUCUGUGCCUUCCUCAUCGCUUUCACGUCGUCCUUUUUGGAAAGAUCUUAUUACAAGUUCACCAGAUGCUCUUCGCUCCGAGGCUUCACCAACUUCACCCUCUCCACGUCCCCAAAGCUCUACAGCGACCUUCACAACGCCACCUGCAUGUACAAAGACCUCAGGACUGAGAACGGGGACUUCAGUCCCGAGUACUACAAGCUGCUGGCCGUCAGACUGGCCUUCGUCAUCGUCUUUGAGCACGUGGUGUUCACCGUGGGGCGGCUCAUUGAUCUGAUGGUCCCUGAUGUUCCAGAGGAAGUCCAGGUCAAGAUCAAGAGAGAGUACUACAUGUCCAAGGAGGCGCUGGCAGAGAACCAGGUACAGCAGGAGUCCAGCAGGAGUCCAGCAGGAGUCCAGCAGGAGUCCAGCAGGAGUCCAGCAGGAGUCCAGCAGGAGUCCAGCAGGAGUCCAGCAGGAGUCCAGCAGGAGUCCAGCAGGAGUCCAGGCGUAUUGGAGCUACCUGGAGAGGGGAUGGCGAGCUACCUGGAGGGGGUGGUGAGCUUCCUGGAGAGGGGGUGGCGAGCUACCUGGAGGGGGUGGCGAGCUACCUGGAGGGGGGGUGGCGAGCUACCUGGAGGGGGUGGCGAGCAACCUGGAGAGGGGGUGGCGAGCUACCUGGAGGGGGUGGCGAGCUACCUGGAGGGGGUGGCGAGCUACCUGGAGGGGGUGGCGAGCUACCUGGAGGGGGGGUGGCGAGCUACCUGGAGGGGGGGUGGCGAGCUACCUGGAGGGGGGGUGGCGAGCUACCUGGAGGGGGUGGCAAGCAACCUGGAGGGGGUGGCGAGCUACCUGGAGGGGGGUGGCGAGCAACCUGGAGGGGGUGGCGAGCUACCUGGAGGGGGCUACCUGGAGAGGGGGUGGCAAGCUACCUGGAGGGGGUGGCGAGCUACCUGGAGGGGGUGGCGAGCUACCUGGAGGGGGGGUGGCGAGCUACCUGGAGGGGGGGUGGCGAGCUACCUGGAGGGGGUUGCAAGCAACCUGGAGGGGGUGGCGAGCUACCUGGAAGGGGGUGGCGAGCAACCUGGAGGGGGUGGCGAGCUACCUGGAGGGGGGUGGCGAGCUACCUGGAGGGGGUGGCAAGCUACCUGGAGAGGGGGUGGCGAGCUACCUGGAGGGGGUGGCGAUCUACCUGGAGAGGGGGGUGGCGAGCUACCUGGAGAGGGGGUGGCAAGCUACCUGGAGGGGGUGGCAAGCUACCUGGAGGGGGUUGCGAGCUACCUGGAGGGGGGGUGGCGCGCAACCUGGAGGGGGGUGGCGAGCUACCUGGAGGGGGUGGCGAGCUACCUGGAGGGGGUGGCGAGCAACCUGGAGGGGGUGGUGAGCUUCCUGGAGGGGGUGGCGAGCUACCUGGAGGGGGGGUAG